CUAAUGGAGAAUUCCCCCUUGCCUACGCCGUCUCGAGCUGUUUACGGAUUUGUACUCUAUUUAUUUUCCUGGGUUGGAUUAGUUUUGCAUCUCAUCUGGGCAUACACACCUGAUGAAUGGCUACAUGCAGUGGGCGUCUAUUACUAUCCCCAGAAAGCAUGGGCAAUAGCAGUGCCUCUGGUAGGUUGCUCGUUGUUCGUACUGAUCUUCUAUGUCAUCUACCCGUCUAUAAGUGCUUUCAUCACCAAGAGAUUGGACUCCAUACAUACCAUCACUGGCAAGUAA